ACCCAGACCCAGAACCACACUCGCAACGGACCGUGCUGGCAUAAAGACGUGAUCACCGGGAAUCAAACAGUAAAUCGGGAACAAAUAUAUUUAUUACGAGUGCGCGAACAGAUCGAUGCGAUCGAAUCCAUAUACCCAACCAACCAACCAUAUACGAGCACAACCAACCCACACACAGAAUAACAGAAUACACUCGGGUCGCGGGUUUUUUUAUUCGAAAAACAAAUCAACUUUUUUAGAAGAUUAAUUCCAAGCAUUGCUUCGAUCUAUGUACACUGGAAGCGCGGUUCAAGAGGUCAGCCCAGACGCCGAACGACUGAGAAGAUAGAAAGAGACAGCACAGAGAGAGGGAGAGAGAGCGAGAGAUCACCCGGCUGUACGGCGGAGUGAAUUUGGAGCCCAAAAUCCCAUCGCAACGCAUCCCAAAAUUCCCGUUACGUGAGGGUGCCCUAAACAGCGUGUGUGUGUGUGCGUGUGUGACCCUGUGCGAGUGUGUGCGUGUGUUUGUGCGCGCAACGGGAAGUCAAUGAAAUUCGAUGCCAGAGUGAGGAUCGAAAAGUGAGGAUCGAAUCGGUUCCACAGAAUAACCGAAAAUCAACACACACAAGAAAAAUCCUGCUGCCGGAAAACUAUGGAAACCCCCGCAUCACGCAUAACACAUCUGUUCGCUUAGAGGCCCAUCAUCGAUCGAGUGGUGUGUUAGUGUUCGUGUCCGUGUCCGUGUGUGUGUGUUUUACCCAGAGCAGACCAGACUUCCCCGAGCUGCCUGCGCCGCCACUGGAACGUACUGAAAACAGUUGAUAAUCCGCCGCCCAACGGCAUGCACCGCCGCAUCCUCGAUCCGAGCAGCAGCAGCAACAGCAGAAAAUAGUGACUUUGUGAACUGUGACACGGUGACACUGUGACUCUGUGACUGUGAAUAAAAAAAGAAUUAAUUAUCAAGCGAAGACCUAGUGAACUCUUCCCCUCGAAAUGACUUCCCUCAUGUACGCCGUUUUCCACAUAGCCUCGCUGCAGUGCUCCGUGCGGCCAGAGAUUUCGCCGUGCACCUGCGAGACCGGCAAGGCCUCCAACUAUGUGGAGCUCUCGUGCGAGAAGCUGGAGUCCUUUAAUGCCAUUGUGGACACGCUGGCCAAUAAGCUGAAUCCCGAUGUGCACACCGAUCUGAAGAUCACCCACUCGCAGCUGGACGAUCUGGAGAUGCGUUCGUUUACGGAUAUGAACUUCAACCUGUACAAGCUGCGCAUGCAAUGGAAUGGCCUAAGAUCGCUGCCCGAGCUGCCGUUCCGUGGGUUAUCGAAUGUCACCUACCUAAGCGUCGGCGACAACGAACUCGACGAGAUCCCGAAGCAUGUCUUGAACCACAUGCCGAGUCUGGCGACCCUGGACAUUGGGCGCUGCAACAUACGAGCGGUGCAGCAGGACGAUCUAAAGGGCAUCCAAGUGGUCACGAAUCUCAUUCUGCCGAGCAACAACAUCACGCGACUGGACAGAGGCGCCUUUCCGCAGAGCUUGCUCAUUCUCCAUCUCGGGCGGAAUCAGAUAGAAUCGCUCAAUGGAUCGCUGCACGAUCUGCACGUGCUGCAGUCGCUCUUCAUCAAUGCGAACAACAUCAGCGAGCUGGAUGGGGAGCUGCCGGAUGGCAGCAGGCUGCGCCUCCUCAUGGCCCACAACAAUCGGCUGGAACGGCUGCCGGCGAACAUGGCUGGGAUGCGGUACCUGCAGACGAUCCACGUGCACUUCAAUCGCCUGCGCUCCUUCGAUCGUGUGCUGCGCAACUCGCAGGACCUCGAGGAACUGCUGGCGGGCAACAACGAGCUGGAGUACCUUUCCCAGGAUGAGUUUCAGGCCUGCGGCCGCCUGGAGGUGCUCCACCUGGCCAGCAAUCACAUUCGCUCGCUGAACUCCUCGCUGCUGCCCAUGGUGAAGCUGAUGAAUGCCAAUUUCUCGUUCAACGACAUGGAGGAGUUCUCCAUGGAGGAGCUGCACGGCCUGCGCCUGCUCAAGGGUCUCGAUCUGUCGCACAAUCGCAUUGCCCGUCUCCUGCCCAGCACCAAGGGCGUGCAGGAGCUGGUGCUGUUCGAGCUGCGACUCGAUCACAAUCAGAUCGUGUCCCUGGAUGGUGCCGUGGCUGGUUUGGGCAAUCUGCGCAUACUCGAUCUGUCCGCCAAUCGGCUGGAGCAUCUCUUGCUCGGCGACUUUGAUGGCAUGCAACGACUGGAGAUUCUCGACAUGACUGGCAAUCAGCUGGUGGAGCUAAAGCCACUCGAAACGACGAUGCUGCCCAAUCUGAAGAUCCUGAAGCUGGCUUUCAACAACAUCACCAAGCUGGAGCGAGACUUCAAUGGGCUGCCGGUGCUGUGCCAGGCCAAUCUGACGAACAAUCAAAUUACGACCAUCUCGAGCGAGCUCGUCACCAAUACGCGCUGCAAGAAUCACAAUGUGCCCGGCAAACUGGAGAUACAUCUGGAUGAUAAUCCGAUCAUGUGUGAUGUGCGCCUCAAUGAGCUGUGCCGCUUGAUGGCCGUGCAGGAUGCGCGUAUACGCGGCCGUUCGCAGUGCUUCGAGAACGAUCAGGAGGUGUGCACCGUGCUGCCGAUGCUCUACAAGAUUGAUCUGCCGCUGCUGAUGACCAACCUGAAGAUCGGCGGGGGUGAGGAUGCCAAGCCCGUGGUGCAGAUGCUCGUGCCGACGCUGCUCAAGACCAACGAGGAGCUGCUGCCGCCGAUUAUAGCCACGCUGGGCCAACCGCUGAUCAAUCCUGUGAUCAUUGGCACCGCUGCGGUGGGUCCACUGCCGCCGCUACUCACCACCAGCACCACAACCACGACAACGACCACGCCUUUGCCUGUGCCGCUGGAGAGUGAACUGCUGGAGAGGAAUGAGACCGCCACAACGACACCAAUGCCGCCCACGACGAGCACCACGACCACCGCAGCGACACCAACGACGCCCAGCAGCCAGUUGGCUGCCACGGAGCUGGUGACGACCACUGCACCCACCACGACAACGACCAGCACGACAACGCCAAAGCCGAACGAGACAUUGCCCAUCAUCCUGGACAUUGAGGAGCCCAAUGUGGUGCCCCAUGCGGAUCCCUUGCCCAUCAAUGACACGGGAAAUGCAGGGGUGGAGUUGCCCAAUGUUCCGAAAGAGGCGGAUGAGGCGGUGCCGCCGCCUGUCGCGGUCGAGGAUCCGCUGCUCGAGCACGACCACGAGCACGAGCGGGAUCUGGAUCACGAGUCGGUGGCCAAGACCGAGUACGAGACGGUGGAGUAUAUUCCCAAUCUGGUGCAGCCGCCGCCCACGCCGCCGCCGAGCAAAACAAAUGUGCUCGAGGAGGACUCCGAUUCGCAGGCGAAUUCCGUGCACGCGGAGUCCGCCCAGAGUCUGCAGGUGCCCGAGGAGCCGCCCGAGGAGUGAAGCGGUGCACCCCCGUGCCCACGUGCUAGGGGACGUAACGAAUAUUUAAAUGUAAAUCGCAGCGCGGGCGGAGGACGAGAUUUGGAUGUGAAUCGUACGAGUAGUAUGUCUUAAGUUAAUUUAGUUUUAUGUUUUAUUUAAGCGAUCGCUAAAAUCGAAAAGAUGCCACGACCGGAACCACACAUAUUGAAUGUUUUCUGUGUUUUGGUUUUGUUUGGAUUCGAAUUCGAGUUCGAGUUCGAGAACAGGCAGAAGAGAAGAAAAGAAGAGUAGGAGGAGGAAGAGUAUCGAUGACCCACGGACAACACGGACUGACAAACGGUACUGUCUUUAUGCUUUAAGCUUAUUUGUUGUGGGCUCAAUUUCUCGUAUGUGUGUGUGUGGGGGAUAGAAAUAGGAAACGAACGAACGAACGGUGAAGCGAACCGGUGAGAGCGUUGCGGAGAGCGUAAACGAACGGGGAAUGUGCAAGGAAGCGCAACAGUUGGCGUUAUGGAAAUAUAUACACAACAUACACAUAAACGAAUAUACAUAUUAAACAUAUUUAAUAACUGUACACACCCCCAUACACGUUCGUUGAAUAUCUAAAAUGUUAGGUACUUAGAUCUUAGAAAACAGAAAGCAACAAAACAAAACAGAACCGGUAAAUGCGACAAAAGUAAGCGCAAAACAUUCACAACACAGCCACACAACUCACACAGACGUAGCAACGCGCUCACACAACACAACAUACACUAUAAAAUAAAAUAUUAAAGAAAUAAAAGCGAAAAACAAAAAAUAUAUUAAAUACAUACACACUAUUUGUUAUCCGUUUCGUUAACAAGAUGAGAAAUUAGAUUUUAGCGUGUAAUUAUAUGAAAAUGAAAAUGGUAUUCUAAAUAAAAAUCGUAAAUAAAAGUCAAAUAUC